AUGUUCACUAUUAGCAUAUAUGAUCCUCACCCCCCACCCCCCAGCCUCCCACGCACUCAGCGACCUCUCCCCCGCAGGUUCGUCGCAGUGAACCCUGGGUCGGGCGAGCGGUGGGUGCUGCGGAUCCACCACGCCAGAGCCUCCGAUGCGGGCGACUACCUCUGCCAAGUGUCCGUCACGCCGCCGAUUUCUACGCGGGUGACGCUGCUUGUCACCGAGGCCGAAGCGAAGGUACGACCGGGCACUGAGGUUUUCCUGAAGGUCGGGAGUCGUGUCGUGCUCCUGUGUGAAGUCCAGGGCUGCCCUUACCCCGCCCUGCCCACCUGGUACAAAGGGCAAGAGGUUCUCGAAGACACAGAGGUGGAGGAGGGGGCUGUCCUCCCCCCGCUCAGCACCCCCUUCCGGCCGCCCACCUCCUCCCCCGAGCCCGUCGCGGAGAACAUGCCCUCCCCCUCGGGACGCCAAGACGCGCCUCAGGCCACGGACGACGCAGCUGUGAGCACGAGUCCGACGCCCUCCAGCACCACGACGCCCACGCCCGUCGGCCUGCCCAUUGCGAGAGCGGUUCUAACCCGCCCGCGAGCGUCCCCCGCCCAUGCCGGCGUCUACACCUGCACCAGCACCUGCACGGCCCCUAUAAACCUCACGCUGCAUGUGCUCGUCGUUUUGGCAAGAAUGAGCCUUUUAGUACAGAACAGCGUUAACGAUCUCGCCAUCGUUGACACUUUAAUAGCCACACAAGCCAAGACUAAAGCAUAUCAGCAGUUGUACAACUACCUGAUUGUGCCAAAAUAUGCAGCACCUACCAUCAAUCUCAGCAGUGGUCAAAGAACUGGGAAAUACCAUCGUCUCUCCACGCAUACGAAUCCGGACUGGUCGACCUUAAAACUCAAGAAUGGCCCAACUGGGGGAUUAUCCACAAGGAAGUCGGAAUGUAGAACUUAG